AUGGCUGGAUACACGAAGCUCUUCUGUGCGCUGACGGUGUUUUUAUCAGCGUCGGCCAACGGCUUCUACUUGCCAGGUGUUGCGCCCACGUCUUAUAACGAGGGUGACGCAGUGCAACUUUCUGUUAACCACAUCACCCCCUCGCUGAUGAAAGCAGACGAAGACAGUGCCACAUUUCUAUACUCGUUUGACUAUUAUUUUGAGAGAUUUCAUUUCUGUGUGCCGGAAGAGGGCAAGCAAAAACAAUCCGAGUCGUUGGGUUCAAUUCUAUUUGGUGAUCGAAUCUUCAAUUCACCUUUUGAAUUGAAACUACUACAAAACACCACCUGUAACAAACUAUGUACAGUCACAUACCCAGCAGAAGACGCAUCGUUUGUUAACAAAUAUAUCAGGGCCGGGUUUCAAUUCAAUAUGAUGAUCGAUGGGUUGCCUGUUGCCAAAGAAUUGAUGGAUUCGCAAACGGACGACAUCUUCUACAGCUCUGGCUUCAAUAUUGGUUACGACGAUAAGGAAAAUCUACCUCACCUAUACAAUCAUUAUGACUUUUUCAUCGAAUACCACCCAAGAUCUGAUGGAAGCUACAGAGUUGUCGGUGCUACUGUAGAUGCAACAUCCAUCCAGUAUAUUGAUCCAGAUGAAAUCAACUGUAACGCAGAAGUGUUUGAGCCAGUGCGUUUGAAGGAAGAUGAACAAACAGAUGUCACUUUCUCAUACUCAGUCUACUGGGUUCCAUCAGAUACUGCAUGGGCAACAAGAUGGGAUAAAUACUUGCAUGUCUACGACCCAAAAAUCCAAUGGUUUGCGUUACUAAACUUUUCCUUGAUUGUGGUCUUUUUAUCCAUUAUAAUGUCCCACAUUUUACUCAAAACUUUGCGGAAUGAUAUCAAAAAGUACAAUGAGGUCAAUCUUGAUGACGAUAUGAUAGACGAGAUGGGCUGGAAAUUGAUCUAUGGUGAUGUGUUCAGACCCCCAAAGAACCCAAUGCUUUUAUCCGUUUUAGUUGGGUCAGGUGUUCAGAUUCUAUUAAUGGCGCUAACGUCAUGUUUUUUGGCUGCCUUUGGUCUUUUAUCACCUUCCAAUAGAGGUUCUUUGGCCACCGUCAUGUUUGUCUUAUACUCUCUCUAUGGUUUAAUUGGUUCUUACUAUUCUGCAUAUGUCUACAAAUUCUUCCAAGGCCAAGAUUGGAAAAUCAACAUGUUCCUUACACCGGUUCUCGUUCCGGGAACCAUUUUCAGUAUUUUCAUCUUAAUUAACUUCUUCUUGAUUUCUGUUCACUCUUCUGGUGCUGUUCCUGCCGGUACAAUGUUGGCAGUUUUCUUGAUUUGGUUUGCUGUCAGUAUUCCAUAUUCCUGCAUUGGCUCACUUCUGGCAUUGAAGAAGAAGGCCAUCGAGCUUCCUGUCAAGGUUAACCAAAUAGCUCGGCAGAUCCCUCCACAACCAUGGUAUAUGAGGACAAGAUACCUGGCACUAAUUGCAGGUAUCUUCCCAUUUGGCGCCAUUGCAAUCGAAAUGUACUUCAUCUACAACUCUAUUUGGUUCAACAGAAUCUUCUACAUGUUUGGAUUUCUCUUCUUCUGCUUUCUUUUGAUGUUGGUCACAUGCAUGCUAGUUACGUUGUCAUUAAUUUACUUCUCACUGUGUAACGAGAACUACAACUGGCAAUGGAAAUCAUUUUUUGUCAGCUCUGGUAUUGCCAUCUACGUCUUUCUGCAUGCAAUCAUCCUGUCAAGGUUGAAGUUGGGCGGACUAACUUCAAUUGUUUUAUACGUUGGGUAUUCUAUGCUAAUUGCCGCUACCGUUGGUAUCAUGUGCGGAACUGUCGGCUUCCUGAGUUCUAUGUACUUGACGUUGAACAUCUACGGUCAAAUUAAAGUAGACUAA